GCAAAUUUCAUUGGCUAACUUUGCACUGCCUAGUGUUUCCAAGCAGACAGCUUUCUCUUGACGACACCUUAAUUGCCUCAUAGUUGCGUGACUUCGUAACGGCGUAACCAGCUAAGCAGUGUUGGUACCUUGACGGUGCAGUGAGUACCGUUUCAACGGCUCUCACGAUGUCAAUCCAGUCACUGCAGUGUAACUAUGAUCCGACAGGCAAAGCCAGGUAAAAACCGACAAACCCAAAGCACAUGCGCCAUUUCUCCCACCAUUUACAAUAACCACACUCCACAAUGGAAACUUGAAAGAGCUUGUCAAAGAAAAGACAUUGAUGGUACUUUGGUAAGUUCACAUUCCAGAGAAAUCCGAAACAGACAACGUCGUAUCCAGCAGCCAUCUCUCUCUCCCCCCACCCCUCUUUUCCUUUCAACAUGGCACACAACUUCCAAGGAAAGGCUAAAUCAAAUAAUAAGAAAAAACAACAUCCAGGGACCUCAUUUUCUUCUGGGAACCCUACCCUACCCCUGGUCUCACAUCAUCAUUGGAUCGUAUCCAUGAAAUUUAUCUACGGAGGCCCUCAUUCGCUUCGCUUCGCCUCGCCGAGCUCCUGGGGUCCAUCCGUCAACAACCUGAACCACCCACCCCAACACCACCCAAGUCAAGUCGCACUACCUACCCUUCGUACACCAAGUGGGCCCCCACCUCACUACCUUAUGCCAUGAACGUAUCAAUUUGCAGCCUGCGGAGCCAUCAGCGCAGCAAUCAGAGCGCACAGAAACCUGUUCGCCUUUUCUUUUUUAGAGGGGACCUGGGUACCUUCAUCUACAACCAGGGGCGGGGCACCAUGGCAGUACGGAGUAGUACGCCCAGCCCAGACCCCACAACCACGCGAUCGUGUGGCGCCCCUGACAUCCGUAUCUAUCACUCGUUAUUCGUACCUGGCCGCCGGCAAGAGAUGGAUAGAUAAUACUUGUACAAGCAUCUUCUAGACGUCCCCUUUCCCCCUCAUGACUCUGAUCUGCUCCUGUCCUGUCCUGUCCUGUCCUGUCCUGUCUUGUCUUGUCUUGUCUUGUCUUGUCUUGUCUUGUCUUGUCUUGUCUUGUCUUGUCUUGUCUUGUCUUGUCUGUCAAUCAAUCUGUCUCUCUCUCUCUUUCGAUCGAUUGAGAGUGUGAGAUCUGUCUGUCUGUCUGAUCUCAGUCUGGCGAAUCCGGCAGACUGCGAAGAGGAAAGAUCGUCUGUUGUGUGUUCCGACCUUUCCACAAACUUCUUCUUAAGCUUAAUCUUCGGCUUCAUACAUACAUACAUACAUACAUACAUAAUUCCAAGAUGGUGGACUCACCUACAGAUUUCGCGCGGGAAACAUGGUCGUUAUACGGCGUGGGAUUGUUCCUCGUGGUACUGCGAUACAUCGCACGUAUCCGUCGAUUCGGUAUCAAGAACCUCCAAUUCGAUGACUACAUGAUGUUCAACGGCAUCAUAUGGUACACCAUCAUGUGCGUAGCAUUCAACCGAGUCAUGUCCGGCGGCGGCUCGAACUUUAUGACCGAAGAAGAGACUCUGGCCUUGACGCCAGAAAGUAUCAAAGAUAGGAUUGUCGGCAGCAAGUGGGUGUUUGUGACGGAGCAUUCGAUGUUGUUGGCCAUUUGGAGUAUGAAAGCUUGUAUGCUGCAUCUCUAUGCUAGUAUCACUGAGGGUCUACCGCAAAGGAAAUACGUCAACUAUGUUGCUGUAUACACAGUGGCCAGUUUUGUUGGCUGCGAAAUUGCUCUCUUCACAGCAUGUACACCAACAUCUCAAUACUGGGCCGUCCCACCCCAGAACGGUACGUACCUAUCUUCCUCCUCAUCCCCUUCAAGCCUCACAACUAACACAAACCCCUCCCUCCCAGUCCAAUGCGCCUCCUACCAAUUCUUCGAAAUCAUCCAAGGCUGCCUCAACAUCCCCGGCGACAUCGCCAUGCUCACAAUCGGCAUCCCCAUCCUGGCCAGCAUCCGCCUCCCCACCCAACAAAAAGCCAUCCUCCUCAUAAUCUUCGGCAUGGGCUUCUUCAUCAUCGUGGCCGCCAUCCUCACCAAGAUCUACUGCCUCGUCCCGGGCCUCAUCUCCUACGUCUACAUGAACUGGUACUUCCGCGAAGCCUCCGUCGCCGUCUACGUCACCAACCUGCCCACCAUCUGGCCGCUCCUGAGGGAGAUAUUCCCCGCCAUGCAGACCUGGGGCUCGUCCAAGACGAAGGUCACCAGUAAUAUGAUGUCCGGGUCCAAGGCUUGGGGUGCUGCGGGUGGCGGGAGCAGUAAGGUCAGGAUUGGGAGUAGGGAUUUUCAUAUGUCGAGUAUGCAGAAGGGGGGGAUGAGGGCGGAGAGUCAGGAGAGGAUUAAUGGGGAUUCGGAUUCCGGGGAGAAUCAGGAGGGGAGGAUUGAGAUCCAGAGGGAUGUGACGUUUGAGAUGAAGACGGAGACUAUUGCGACGGGCGAUGAGGAGCAGGCGAGGAAUGGGUGGAAGAGGAAUGAUAUCAAGACGAGUGUGAGAGGGAGGUAGAAAAUGGUGAUGGGAUAUUUAAUGUAUUAUAUUUGGGUCGGUGGAAGGGUGUUUUGCUUUUUGCGGGAUCGGAGAAUGAUUUCAUGAAAAUAGAUCAGUGUGUCAAUGACAAGAAAUGUUCCGAUAUGACAGUCAGAGAGUCGCCAACAGUCCGUUUGUCUUGGUGUCAGCCUCAUCGAAGGCUCUCUUGUCUUUGUGGGACUGCAUGUACCGUACUGCAAGUGGUAUAUGGUAUAUCUCUCGCUAUUAGGCCAUGCAAGGUCCGAAUUGAAAGUGCGG